AUGCUUGUUUUUGAUCAUGGGUAUGGACAGGAUGCUGAAGAUUUAUAUGAAGACAUUGCUGCAAACACUACACCACAGCAACGUCAAACGUCUCCUCUUCAAAAACAGUCAUUGCCUCCACCAUCAACUCCUGCACCUCCUCCACCAGGAUCACCACCACCACCACCACCACCAGAUAUGGAAGAUUUGGAAUGCUAUGAUGACGUCUCAGUCGGUGGACACCUCGUGGAGGAAGAUCUGUAUGAGGAACUCGAUGCGUAGUUGUUGUUGGAUGGAAAGUGAUCCACAUGAAUAGAUUAAUUCGAUUAAGA